AACAGGGUUUGGGCUCUGAUCUGGUCUCAAGUCACCUGACACCACACACACACACCCACACACACACACACACGGCUCCACGGCUGCACCUCGCCGGUGUGUGAAGAAUAUCCAGCCCGUUAUUUUCAAGGUUAUCUCCUGCAGGAACCUCACUUUCUGGAUCCUAUGGGAAUUCUGAUAACCGCGUUUUUUCUCUGGGCUGCCGUCGGGGUGGGAAGCCGGCCAGUAACCUCACCUCUUGAUGAUGCAAAGGUUGAAUGUAUUAUUCAGGAGACUCUGAAUGAAGACGGGCCACAACAUGAGUGUGGCCCACAGCUAGCAGAGGAACUUGAUGAAGUGCAAAGACAUCAUGGUCUGCUCAGGGAGCUGCAGAGGCUGGCUGACCAUGAGACAGACAAGGAGCGAUACGAGUACAACCUGGCUGACGACCAGAGCGACUUCAAGCAAGGGGACGAGGAGGCGAAGGAAGCGAAGGAGGAGAGAGACGUGACCAGCCCUCCAAAGGAGAUAGAGGAAGAUGACACCAAGGAGAAGAUGAUGGAGGAGCCACGGAUCGAACACAGAGGGAGGGACAAAGAAGAGGAGCAAGCCAAGGAGCUUGAGGAGCUGCUGGCUGAGGAGAUCACCAAGAAAGGGAAGGAGGAGAGGAAUGAUGAGGAGCUCAAAGAACUGCUGAAAGAGCUGAAGAAGAAGCGCUACGAGGCAGUGAAGGAGAGGGAGAUCCAGAGAGGCUCUGCACCAGAGCAGAAGGAAGAGGUGGAGGAGAAGAAGGAAAAGGAGGACAAAGUGAAGGAGGGAGAUCCGGCGGAGGACUCGGAGAAGCAGAGGUUCGAGGAGAGGAGGAAGAACGAGGUGGAGCUGAUGGUGGAGAGGGAGAAGGUGGAGAAGGAGCUAAAGGAGCUGCUCAAGGAGCAGGAGAGCAAGAGCAAGCUGGAGCAGGAGAGGGAGCGGACGGAGAAGCAGGAGGAGCUGGACGAACUCGUCAGGAAGAUGAAACGGGUGAAGGAGGAGGAGGAGCAGGAGACGCAGGGCGGGAAGGAAGAGGACGGCGUGGAUCAGAGGCUGGCAGAGGAGAAGAAGGAGGGCGAGGACGACAAGGUGCCCGAUGAGAAAACAGAGAAUGAAGUCAAGAAGAAGAAGGAGGCGACGGCGGUCGAGGUGAAGGAGCCGCAGCAGAAGAGAGUGAUGGAGAAAGCGAGUGAUGAAGCCACGCAGCAGUUUGAGCGUGAGAGGUACAAGGACAGGAAUGAGGAGGACGAAGACGAGGAUGAAUACGUUAGAGAGGACGGGGAGGGGCAGGGGGAGGAAGACGACGAGGAGGGUGAUGCCGAAGAAGAUGAAGGGGAGGAGCUGCUGGAGAUUGAAGCAGAGUUGCGCAAAGUCGCUGCAGAGCUGAGGGAGCUUCGCAGAGGAUAAAACACACACACACACACACACACAUACACACACACAGCAGACUGACAAAACCCGUUCACCCAUUCACAGUCACACAUUCAGCUCACACAUUUUCCAUUUCACAGCCUUCAGAUCCCCAGAGCACACAGAGAUAUGUCUUCCGGACGUGAAUCUGUAAAAGGCCAUUACUAGAAACUGUACAUACUUGUUUGAUUUGUGCUUUCAUAUUACCUGGAAAAGGCUGUCUCCGUUUCCUCGCGUUGAGGAAAAAGAGACGCUAUUAUUUCCAGAAUAUCUGAACAGCUCCUCGUGUCCCUCUCCACCCGCGUCCCUGUCGCAGUACCUAUAAAUGCUGUUUGUAUGGUAGACAGGUGAUUUGUAAAACGCCAUAGAUGCAACGCUUCCAGCACUUUUUUAUUCAAAUGUUACUUUUGACUGCCGAUUGCCAACCAUACAAACACCAUCCUCUCUGAAAUGUGAGUCAUGCACACACACUGGCAAGCAGCUUUCCUCUUCUCUGAAGGAAUCAUCCUCGAUGGUGUGUUCUUGAUGGGAAAAAAACAGAUUCCCUUCUCUAAGUAAUAUGUGUACUUCAAUAUAUAUUUUGUGCAAUAACUAUGUGUAAGCUGUUCCUGCUGUUCUGACUGUUAAAGAUAGGUAUUACUGAUGUUUCUACACAGGUGUUAAGUCAUGAUUUCCUCUCAGUUCCUUUGACGAUAAAGUAGAAACGGAUUGUGUUUCAUUUGGCUCUCGCACUGUUAAAACCAGACUGUUUGUGACGAACCCAGGGUGACACGGACAGAACACGGAGGACGUAGACAUUUCUGACACUCGGGUCAGAUGUUGAGUUUGUCUUGAGCGUGGAUAGCGUGUGGCCACAGGAUGCAAUGUACUUAGAGCUUACAAGGUCUAAAAGUGUCACUCCAGGUUCUCAGCCAGCUUUGCACUCUUAUCUUAACAAGCCAAGGAGGAGACGAGGGAAGAGGGAGUCACUAAAAGCCAUUUUGUUGUCUUUCGGUAACAGCAACGCUGACUAUAGCGUCGAUAAAUGCUCAGUGGUGUUCCGUCACAGAUUUCGUGGCCCUCAUGUCAUUCCUGUAAAUAUCAGAUAUCGAGGUCUGUAAGCCAAGGUCAUAGGAAAUAUGAAGCAACAGCGCCCCCAAGAGGACACAGGGUGGACAUGCACACAGUGCAGGAUUUACAGGGUCAAUGGAGGCCCACUUACUGCAAUAACACAAUGUAGACUACAGCACAUGUGAAUGCAAUAAUUAGCCAAAUAAUGAAUUAUUUCAUGUAUUUUAAUAUGUUAUCAAAGUGCAUCAUAGAGUGCUCGUAUAGCAGAUACAAUCUUCUCUUUUUCUACACAGCCAAGAUUUACAGAACAUGUAUGUAUUUGAACGCCAGGCAAAGUCGCCGGUCGGUCAACUUGUGUAAACACCUGGUGAUAACACACAUCGUCAGUCAACACUGAUGAGCUCAUUACCGUCUAUUCCAAAGAUGAGGUGUUUGUUCACUUGAGAAUAAAUGAAGAAAAAAAAACAUGUACUGUAGUUUUCUUUUUUCUAUAUUAGUGCAAACGUUUUUCCACAAAAUGUAUCUUACAAGCCAGCAAGAAAGAUUAAGGAAAUGUCUCUGGGGGGAGGGGGGUCCACAUAAGGGCAUAGAGGACAUUUCGAAUAACAAAGGAAAACAAUAUUAAGCAAACCACCAUUUGUAAUAUUACUGGCCAAUCAGAUUGCUGUAUUUUGUGCCUGCUGUAUCUUCUUCUAUGCUUCAAUCAAUAAACAGAAAGUGUAUUCAA